UUUUUUUGUUUUGGUGAAUACAAUAUUAUAUCCUUUUCUUCUUUUGUAUUCAAUAAUGAUCAAAUCUGUUUUAAUAUUUAAUAAUCAUGGUAAACCACGACUCAUAAAGUUUUAUCAGCAAAUCGACAUUGCAACACAACAAGCUUUGAUACAAGAAAUCUUUUCAUUAGUGUCCAAAAGACCCGAUACAGCAUGUAACUUUUUAGAAGGUAGUAAACUUCUUGGUGGUAAAGACACACGCGUUAUUUAUCGACAUUAUGCUACACUUUAUUUUGUAUUUGUUGUGGAUGAAAGUGAAAGUGAACUUGGUAUAUUAGACUUGAUUCAAGUUUUUGUUGAAAGUUUAGAUAAAUGCUUCGAAAAUGUGUGUGAAUUAGAUUUGAUCUUUCAUUUUGACGAAGUGCAUGCCAUCUUGUCAGAAAUUAUUCAAGGUGGACUAGUGUUAGAAACAAAUAUGGGUGAAAUUGUGUCAGCAAUAAAUGAAAUGAAUAGAGCAAAGAAAAAUACAGGUGGAAUAACAGCUAAUAGCUUAAGUUUAAGAGCAACAGAGUCACUAAAAAGUUUUCGUCAUUAAUGUACACAUACAUAAUAUAUCUUACAUAAUAAAUUAAACAGUUUAUAUGCUAAUAUAUUCACAGGAUAUGCAACUAUAAAUGUAUAUAUUCGAUAAAGAACUAAGCAUAAUUACAAUAAAUAAAGUGGUUUCAAACUUACAUAAUAG